GUAUGAAGAAAACAACUGCUUGGGUUAGGCUUCAUUUUAAAUUGGAAUUGUUUUGCCAAGCUUAAGCAGGUGUGUGCUCACCGUUUGAUACCGGCAAACCAAAGUGCAUUCUGGGAUAUUUUUCUGUGUUUUAGGUUGUCAGGUCCUUGUGUGGAUCUUAGCCUGGGAGUCAUGUGAUGUAAUCCAAGUUUGGAACGUCUGGUUCAUAUGAGUUGGUGGUGUCAAUAAAUGUGUUAGUCAACAGGCUUUCUUAGAGGUAGAGAAGAUGGAAGCUGCAGUAGGCCACUUUUUAUUCUAAACUCAGAUUUAAAUGAUUUAAUUAUCAAGUAAAGCAAAGGUUAAUUUACCCAUUGUAGCUUUGCAAGCUUCUAACUUGAAGGUAGAAAGUUCAACGUAAAUGUGGCUUGGCUAAUAGACCACGUAGCUGUGAAUUUGUCAGCGUUUACGUACUCUUUUUUUUUUCUACUGACGGAAAUUCAGUUUUAUUAUAGCUACUCUUUACCUAUAACUGCUCUAUUUUCAGUUAAUGUCACUCUUGGCACUUUGACAGAACACGUGCAUUUGGGUAACUGGACUUCCAAGGUCCAUUCCCUCAUACCUGGCACCUCUAGGCUAGAUAUCUGGCCUAGCCCAACAAAACAGCAAUUGUUAGAAAUAUUUACAAACCAAGGAAACAAAGGCAUAAACCAUGAAUACAUACAAUUAUGUCAUGGUUCUUUUCUCAAGAACGUGUCUAUAUUGCAUGUUUGGGUGGCAUACCCAUCAUGAUCUCAGCCUAGAUAAACAUUAGGUAAGCCGAGAGACAAAAUAGUGACUAGAACUAUAGCUGACAGACCUGAUUAAAGCUGAAAUCCAGGAAGACUGCUAAAUACACAUAUAGAAUACAUAUGAGGGACCAGUUUUACAUUUUCUUUCUUUAUUUCUGUCUAUCAAGUUAAGAUUUUUACACAACUCUGACACAGCCUUGACUGGCAGGGUAGGAGAACUGAUUUUUAUCUGCUUCAGGGAAAUAACAAUUACAGUGAAAGAGGAAGCAGCAGACCUGUGAGAUCAUCAUUUUAUCACUCUGCUCUCUCUUCCUAUCAGCACGCCCCUUGUUAACAACAUGAGUGCUGCAGCACAACUGAUUGAUCCCUUGUGCUGUAUUUCUUUCUCCCAGUUUUAGCUCUGCUGUACAGGGAUUAAAAUUGGCAAGUACUUACUCUGCUUGCAUUUACAAAAUACAUUUACUGUAUGAAUUUGUGCCUUAUAUAUCAGCCCAGAGUUUAGCUGAGAUAGAGAAGGGAAAGCAAAAAGUAGGUAUUCAGGUUUAGAAUCUUGUUUACGGCACCUAGUCUAGGCAUUAGUGCAUGAUACAGAGGCAUUUGUCACAGAAUCUGUCAACCCCUGCCACCAAUAAUCUAACAUUUCUGAGAGGCUAUAAACAAACACAUUGUUACAACACAGUCCUAUCUGCGCCUUCCUCUUUCUUAGCAGUUUUUCACAGCGAGCCUAUCUUCCAGAUUGCAAGGCGUGCUUAGUAACUGUGCAGCUGGGAUUAAAUUUGGAAACAACCUGCCUAAUUCAUAGCAUUUAAAGCCCUAGAGAGAGACGAACCAAAAAGGUCAGUCUGAUUCCUUCCUGUGUAAAGUAAACACGGGUCACUUGAGGAUUUUUGUAAACUGCGUUGGGGCUGGAAGUAUAACUUAGAGUAAUUACUUUUUUUUUUCCUUUACAAGGCUAGGAUCUAAUCCCCCUUGUCCACUUGACAGAACGAGUCUUGUGUAAUCGCUGGUUUUCUACAACUUGAUAUUUUGUUUAUUUAAACUGACGCAGUUGCGUUUUCUCCACGUUCAGUAUUUUAGGACUACAAGUUGUGUAUUGUUCUGAUUACACAGCAGAGAAUUUGUAAUGAGAUAUUUGUCAAGUGAGGCAAAGGUGAAGGGAGUUUGUUUUACGCCAGGAGGGUGCCUACAUUUUUCCGACGCCUUAAAGUGAAAAAAGGUCUUGAACGCAGACUUAUGAAACCACUUCGGUCAACUACUUAACCGGCGACAGCAGGAGUAGUCUUUCAGUUUAUGCAUCUGUUUUAACAAAUUCUGGACCAGAACAUUUUUGAGUUUGCUAAUACAUCAUACUGUUUCUCGACCAUGGAGAACUUUUUUCAUCGACAUUUUUGUAAAUCUCACCAGCCUGAACCAGAACGAAGAAUGAGUUUGGCGGCUUGUAAAGUCAGACGUAAGUCAGGAGUUGGUGGACCAUCUUUAGAACUACUUACACAGAGAAAGGCUUCUGUACAUGCCUUCCCCAAGAAGAGAAAGGGUGAAAGUCGGCGGAAAUCUAGCACAGCACCUGUUAGAGUCAACCCGCGUUUUUCUGUAAAAAUCAUUAAAAAGUAUACGUUAAAAACAGCAAAAGUUCAGGAUUUAGAAGACUUGCUUUGGGAGAUAUGGAUGGAUUGUAAAUUACUCCGUGCAAAUCAACAGUCCAUGGAACAGAAUGAUGAUGGAGACAAUUAUACAUCUGAAAGCGAGAGCUCAGAGAGUGAAACAGGAACCUCACAUGAAUCAAGGAAAGCGAUUUCCCGCUCCGGACUCCAGCACUUGGUCCCUGUGCACUGCCCCACCCUCACUGUCUCCAAUGGACCACUGAAGGAGCCACGAACAUCCCUGGACUGGACUGAGAACGCAGUAAAUGGGGAGCACCUGUGGCAAGAGACCAAUGUAUCAGGGGACCUGUGUUACCUGGGGGAAGAUAACUGCCAAGUCAAGUUUUCAAAGUCAGCGGUGCGGAGAAAAUGCGCAGCUUGUAAAAUCGUUGUCCACGUUGCCUGCAUGGAUCAGCUAGAAAAGAUUAAUUUUAGAUGCAAGCCAACUUUUCGUGAUGCGACCUCACGGGCUCUGAGGGAGGUCAGACAUUUUUCUUGUUGUUCUAACCAGCAGAAUCUGGUGAGGCAUCAUUGGGUACAUCGGCGGCGGCAAGAAGGGAAGUGCAGACACUGCGGGAAGGGUUUUCAACAGAAGUUCUCAUUCCACAGUAAAGAAAUUGUGGCUAUAAGCUGUUCAUGGUGUAAGCUGGCGUUUCACAACAAGGUGACGUGUUUUCUGCUCCAUCACAUAGAAGAACCAUGUUCUUUGGGCGCCCAUGCUGCUGUCAUCAUCCCUCCUAGCUGGAUCAUUAAGGUGAAGAAACCUCAGGUCAACUCAAAGAAUUCCAGUAGGCGGAAGAAAAGGACAUCUUUUAAGAGGAAAGCCAGCAAAAAAGGCUUUGAGGAUAUUAAAGGCCGGGCCUUUGUUAUAAAACCCAUCUCUUCGCCCCUCAUGAAACCGUUGCUGGUCUUCGUUAACCCAAAAAGUGGAGGAAACCAGGGUACAAAAGUGAUGCAGAUGUUCAUGUGGUAUUUAAAUCCACGACAAGUCUUUGACCUCUCUCAGGAGGGGCCUAGAGAAGCGCUGGAAUUGUAUAGAAAAGUGCCAAAUAUACGUAUUCUUGCCUGUGGUGGUGAUGGGACGGUAGGCUGGAUCCUUUCUGUCUUGGAUGAACUACAGAUGAACCCUCAACCUCCAGUUGCUGUUUUGCCUCUUGGUACUGGCAAUGACCUUGCUCGAACACUUAACUGGGGAGGGGGUUACACAGAUGAACCUGUAUCCAAAAUCCUCUGCCAUGUGGAAGAUGGCUCCAUAGUACAGCUGGAUCGCUGGAACUUACAAGUAGAGAGGAACCCGGAUCUUCUUCACGAGGAGCUAGAUGAUGGGACUCAUAAGCUACCACUAAAUGUAUUUAAUAAUUACUUCAGUCUGGGGUUUGAUGCACAUGUGACCUUGGAGUUUCACGAGUCCAGAGAAGCAAAUCCCGAAAAAUUCAACAGUCGUUUUCGUAACAAGAUGUUCUAUGCAGGGGCAGCUUUCUCAGACUUCCUACAGAGGAGCUCCAGAGAUUUAGCCAAACAUGUUAAAGUUGUGUGUGAUGGGACGGACCUCACACCUAAGAUCCAAGAGCUGAAGUUUCAGUGUAUUGUCUUCUUAAAUAUUCCCAGGUAUUGUGCUGGCACAAUGCCCUGGGGAAAUCCUGGUGACCAUAGAGAUUUUGAACCUCAGCGCCAUGACGAUGGCUACAUUGAAGUCAUUGGCUUCACUAUGGCAUCUUUGGCUGCUCUCCAGGUAGGUGGCCAUGGAGAGAGGCUUCACCAGUGCAGGGAAGUGACUUUGUUGACGUACAAGGCCAUCCCCAUGCAGGUUGAUGGAGAACCAUGCCGUCUUGCCCCCUCCCUUAUCCGAAUAUCCCUAAGGAACCAAGCAAACAUGGUACAGAAGAGCAAAAGAAGGACGUCAAUGCCCUUACUUAAUGACACCCAUAAAGUGCCCACCGCUGACCACCGACGCGUCUCCGCUCCCCCAGACUCCUUCACUGUUCCACAUUCAGUGCCCGAUCGGCUGCGUAUCCGAGUGAAUCGAAUCCGCCUGCACGAGUACGAGGGACUGAAUUACGACAAGGACAAGCUCAGAGAAGCCUCCAUCCCUCUAGGAAUUAUUGUAGUACGAGGAGACUGUGAUUUGGAGACUUGCCGCAUGUAUGUUGAUCGCUUGCAAGAGGAUCUUCAUUCGGUGACAUCUUACAGAGAUCACUGCCAGGACGAGAGUUCAUUCCCAAGGUUGUUGUCUGCCCAGAGACUUAACCCCCGAUGGUGCUUCCUAGACGCUACCUCUGCUGACCAGUUCUAUCGUAUAGAUAGAUCUCAGGAACAUCUACAUUUUGUCACUGAGAUUUCCCAGGAUGAAAUCUUUAUUCUGGACCCCGAGGAGGCUGGGACCGCGCAAAGCAGUACUGGAACAGGGAUGCCAGACCUGGUGGUAGAGCAGCCCACAGGGUUGACAGAGUGGUGGACGCCAACAUGUCGAAAACGUAUAGUGAGCGACAGCUGCGUUCCAGGAAAGAUGUCUCUACACAAUGAGUUCUCCGACAGAGCACAUGACUCCUCCCCCUCCAGCACCUUGCCGUCCCCUGUCACUGCAGAAGAACAAGCCCUCCUUGAAGCUGUUCUUGAUGGUGACCUCGACAAGGUGACUGAAUUCUGCAAGAACGGAGCAAGCCUAAGAAUACAGAGCCCAGAGCAGUGCUCUCUACUCCACCUGGCUGCAAGAGGCGGACAUACUGAGAUAGUCACAUAUAUCCUGGAUAAUGGACCAGAAGAUCUGCUGGAGAUGGCAGACAGAGUUACAGGGGAGACAGCACUGCACAAAGCUGCAUUCCAUAGACACCGGCAGGUUUGCCAAAUUCUUGUGGAUGCCGGAGCCUGUUUAAUAAAGAAGGAUGCCAAGGGAUUUACUCCUUCUGACAAGGCCCAGGAGGCAGGGGAUGCAGAUCUGGCAUCCCACUUGGAGUCUUGUCAAGAUAAGCAACUCCUGCCCAACGAUGACCUGGAGACGGCAGUCUGAAGUCCGCAGCAGGUGGCGGAAACAACUCGGAAAGAGCAGAAACGUGAAUGGGAAAGUUCCUGGAGAAGGUCCACCCCGGGAGAAGGAAACUUGACGGAAGAGUCACCCCUUCUUGAAGCGAGAUAAGCGGCGGAAGGUGUACUGUCCAGUUUCUAAGGGCUAACAGGACUUGCCACGGAACUGCUGCCCAAAACGACGAGCCAAAGGGAUGCGGAGGUGGGGGGUGAAGGACGACAGAGGUUGGGGCUGACCCCCCCUCGCCCCGUGUGGAUCCCCUGUUUCUGUUCUCCAACAAGACGCAUGACCCUGUCCAUUGUCUGUCUCCUCACGUCGGUCCAAACCCACCCAGCCCAGUCGGAGGCCUGCACAGUGUUAUAAACCUCACAUAUGUUUUUAGUAUUUGCAGUGCCGAUUCAUUAAAAAAGAGAGACUGAAUUCUACUUUGAAUCUGCAAGCUUAAAAUUUGGGGGAAGACAAUUUUCUUUGUUGUUCACAUAACAUCGUGUGAAAAAAGCUUUUUUGUUUUUUCUUUUUUUUUUUCCUCCAAGGACCACCAAACCUAAAAUUUCAAUAUCGAAUAUGAGGAGACCCGCUGUAACAUUCACAAUCGUGUAUGUAAAUGUACCAUCAACAUGACAUAACCUGUGACGUCU